AUGACUGCGAACAAGGGAGCACUUUUAAAGAGAAGACUAAUCAAAGCAAACAGAGUGAACAAGCCUAUUCCUGCGUGGAAGAGGAUGAUUCCAGGAAACAAGCAGCACUACAACACAAAGAGAAGACACUUUUUGCGUACUAAGCUGAAGUACCACGAAUAG